AUGACUUUUUCCAUUUGCACCGAUUUAUGCAACCAGCCCACUCAGUCUGUGUCCACCGAAAAGUACGCAAAGCUUGUUCACGAUUCAACCACUCGUCUCCAUGAACCUAUUCACUCGAUCUUGUCAGCUUUGAAUGAACGCGUCAUCGGGUUGACAAAACUUGCCAACUUUGAAUCAGCCCUUCGCGAUGCAAAAGUUAUGCAACAACUCUCGCCCUCUUCACCUCUUGGGUAUAUAUGUGCAGCCAGCGUUUACAAGGAACAAGGAAAACAGCUUCAAGUGAUGAACAUCUGCAACAAAGGGUUGGUCGUUGUUGAUCCAAAGGAUAGCGAUUACGCCACAUUGCAGCAUAACGUAGCCGAUGCUAUGCAACGCCAAAAUAGACGCGUCGACUUUAUCACCAAGCUACCAUUCGACAUUGUUACAACAAUGCUCCUCCCAAUGUUUGUGGAUGAUUCUCCUUUGGAUGCUUCUACACCAUGUCCUUAUUUAUACGUGUGCAAGCAAUGGCGUGAUUUGAUUCUCCACUAUUCCAAUGGGUUGCGUUUUGAGAUCGGAUACAAAGAAGAGCAAGCAGAUCCUCAACAACGUUGGCAAUUGGUUACAUUCGCACGACACAUCAAAGCAUUGCAUCUUCAUCGAUAUUCCAAAGGUCCCUGGUUAUCUGGUUUAUUACAUGACAAUGACUUUUGCUCCUUGCGGGAGUUAUACAUUGGUGGUUUUUCUUCAUUACCCAUCAAUGGCUUUGUUUCGUUAUUGCAAUCCAUCGGCAGCAGAUUGACGCAUUUGGGUAUUCAAGAGAUUCAAGGAUUGGAACUUUUCGACAUGUUCCCCGUAGCCGAGACAUUAUCAGCCUGCCCCAACUUGGUAUCGUUUUCCAUUUGCCCUCCAUAUGCUUACGAUUUCAGCUCUCUUCCAAUGACUCCAUGGCCCAAUUUGACGGCAUUGACGUUUCACUCGGAACUAGAACCCUUUACUCGUGAUCAAGUCAUCAGCGUCUGCCAGCGUUUUCCUGCUCUCAAGGAGCUUGAUCUAUUUCCUUGUGAGGAUAUUGAUUUGGUGCUGAUGAUCCCACGCUAUUGUCCUUUGUUGAAAAGCGUUGAGGUUGAGAUACAGCAUGGGAAUAUGGGAUUUCUCUACUCCACUCGAAUCAUUGGAGAUGAAGAGCUUGCAGUUACGAAGCUUACUAUCGAAACAGAGGAAUGGGAUCGAGAUGGCUUGUUUGAGUAUACUUGCUCUCUGUUACGGCAGCAUUGCACAACACUUGAGGACAUCCAAUGGAUAUGGUCGCCUGAACGAAACCACCGACAGCUGUACAACAUCCAAUACCCACGCCUGAAGACGUUAUCGAUACACUCUCGUGGAUGGUGGAUACUACGCAAUGCACCCAUGGUAGAAGAUUUGUUCUUGGCAUCACCAUCAAUCGUCAACAACCCUGAAGUCUUGGAUACAAUUCCAACCAACUUGAAAGCGCUCGAAUUGAGAUUGGAUGAAGGACCCGUAUCCGUCAACGAAGACGCUAUCGAACGCUUUCUUUAUCGCGUAUCUCAGCAAUGCCGUCUACAAAAACUUGCUAUCUACUUUGAGGACCUUGGUAUUUUUUGCCGUGUGCGUGAUACUAUCACUCGUUUCAAUACGCUUCAAAGUCUAGUGAUAAGUUUCCCAGAGGAUUGGCAUGUAGCCGAAAUGGAAAGAUUCCUUGUUGACCUUGUGAUUGCAUGUCCUUAUUUAUCUUCCCUUGAGAUCAAUUGCACCAACGCCCCGACGACGUAUUCAAUGAAUGCCUUGAAGCAGCUUCGACAUUUAAAGCAAUUUACUUUUUCGAUCAGAGACACGGAUGGCGCUGAUAGCUUUUGGCGUGCGAUUCAAACGUUCUCCCAACUCAAGCGUAUUCGUAUGUACCCUGCAAGUGACGUCCGGGCUUUUGUAGUUAAAUGUCUCAAGGAACAGCGACGUGACAUGACGAUUAUUGUGGAUGGCAAAUUCAAUCGCUUCUGA